AUGUUCAUGGAGCAUAAAGAACUUGAAGAGAAAUUGGAAAAAAAAGAAAAGCAUUUGAAACCUCUAAUGUCAAUGCCAAUGAUUUUUGAGGUGUUUGCUUUUACAAGGCCACCAGAUCAAGUCACAAAGAUAGUUGAAGAAAAAGAAGAAGAAUAUGAUGAGCCUCAUUUUAAGAAGAAAAACUCAGAAAGAGACAAGACAAAAGCUAAAGACAUGGGCAUGAGGAAAGAACCCAAGCGAAAGAACAAAGAAGAUGUCAACCCAACAAUACAAGAAAGCUCAAGAAAGACAUUCAACAGACUGGUUGCCUACAAACGAACAAGGCUCAAGAUGACGGAAAACGGGUAG